CCAGCAGUCCUCCCUGUGGGCACGAAACGCUAGCGCUAGGCCCGGGCCCCCAAGCCGGGUGAAGGCCAGCGCCCACUGCUAGAAGCCAGGGUCUCCCUGCUGCUCUGGAACCUGGGCCGGUGGGUGAGCAGAGCUGGGCUCUGCCUUUUCCUGGCUGGGACUUUUUGCCUCUCCCUUCUCCUUGUUGUUGGCCUCCUUAGCUGACGUUGAAGGGGUGGAGACAGAGGAGUCCCGGAGUGUUCCUCACCCCCCCAAACUUGGGCAGCUUCCCCAGGCUUCCAGCAGCUCCCAGACAGAGCCCAACAAAGAAGGAGCGAUUAGUCCCUUGUAAAGAAAAUACAUCUCCACUCGCCUGAAAGCCUGGCCCUUUCAGAGCAGGCCCCUCAUGAGGGCGGCUGGUGCUCGGUGAGGCCUGCUGCUUUUUCACACUUCUUCCAGGGAGACGUUCAGGUGCGGCUUCAGAGCCGAUGGAAACCAGCCUGUUAGUGACCCACGUCACUCACACUCCCUGCUCUUCUCCUGACCGAGCUGGGCUGGUGGCAGAAUCCAGGUCCAGCUGCCUCAGGUGGAUGUGGUGCCGGUGAGGACAGCCGGAGCAUCUGUUCUGGAGACUGUCGGACCCCACUUGCGCUGACGGGUUCCUGUGACUGGGCCAGGGCACAGGAGUUUCAGGUUGCGCCCUGAUUAGUGGAGCUGUGUCGGGCGCUGACACUAGGACUGCAAAGGCGAGACACAUGAGCUCUAGGCCCCUGUGCAGCUGGUGGACUAGUGAGUGUGUGUGAGGGGAGCGCAGGUUCUGCUCAGCCCCGGGGUGUGGGGGGCUCCUGGAGGAGGGGAGCAGAGAUCGGGGGUCUGCAGAGCCAGCCUUCCCCGCCACUCACCCUGUGGAGGGGCUGCCAGGAGCAGCCCUGGCCCUGCACUAGGCAGGCGUUCUCCCUUGUCACCAUCAUCCCACCGUCUUGUGCUGGUGCGGGUCUGAAGGCCACACCUGGCUGUGGGAACGUGAAGCUCAGGGCUUGUGGCUGGGAGUCCCGGUGACCUGGCUUCUUGGUUCCUUCCACCUGUUCUCCCUGCUGCCUUCCUGUUGUCCUCCCCAUGCUUGGGGUGGGGCGACUUACCCCGUUUGGGUGCCUCUAUCCAGGGCAGAGGGCAGAGCUUGUACAAGCUGUCCAGGUGGUUCUGGUACUUGACCUGGGGCAGUGAGUCUCUCCCUCACCGCCCCUUGUGAUCAGGAGCAGAGAUGAGCCUGGGGGAUUCGCACACACAGCCGGGCUGGGGUUUGAGUCCUGGCUCAGCCGCUGGCCCACUGUGUGAGCUCCUCACUGCUGACUUCACUGGGACUGUUUCCCCACGUGUGAGAUGUCAUAAGACACCUAUCUCGCAGGCCUGCCUGGAGGCUGAAGGGAGACCACGUGCAUGAACCGCUUCCCACGGCUCCUGACUUUCCCAGGUGUGCCUUCCAAAAGCCCUCCUGGGACUUCGUUGGUGGUCCAGUGGUGGUUAGGACUCCAGGCUCCCAAUGCAUGAGGCCCGGUUCGAUCCCUGGUCGGGGAACUAGAUCCUGAAUGCUGCAACAAAACUAAAAGAUCCCACUUGCCACAGCUAAGACCCGGCGCAGCCAAAUAAAUAAUUAUUAAAGAAAAAGAAAAAAGAAAAGCUGUUCUGUUCUGAGCAAACGUCUGCCUCCUCCAGAUGCCAGAGAAGCCCUUUAGGUGUUUGCACUCUGCCCUCCGCCUUUUCUCACCUCGGCUCUGAGCCUCCUCUGGGAAGCCUUCCUUGACACCUGGCAAUCAGUCAUUUCUCCAUCUGGGCUCCCGGGAUACUUUGCGUUUCUUUCUUUUAAACAUUGAACAUGCUAUAACCUGGUUGCCUCUUUCCCCCCAGCCAGGCCCUGAGCUUUCUGAAUGGGAAGUUGUGUCGGUCAUUUCUGUGUUUCUGCUCUUGAAACAGGACCUGAAUCGCUAUAAGAAAACUGAGACGCAGAGCCAAAGCCAGCCUAGGAGACUGUGGCGGGAACGAACCGAAGGGAAAGAGAUUAAAAAGAGCCAGAACCUCCAGUGCCAGCCCUCUCAAGAACCCCCUGUGAACCCUGCCACCGCUGCUCGGGCUGAGCGUGCAGCGGGUCCGGCCCUCGGAGGCAUCUGGGCGCCGCCCGCCUCCGCCCCGCCCCUUGCCCUCGGGUUGUCCAAUCCCAAGGUCUUCAUGUAAAUGAAGCACCUAGAAAGAGCCUAUGCGAGAGCGGCAGGGGCGUGGUCUUCGCCCACCUCCCAGGCAAUGUUCUGAUUCAUUGUUGAAAUAGAAAAGCUGUGACCCCUGGCACCCCACCCCAUCACCCCCUUGUGUGUGGAAACCCGAGCCGAGGUCUGAUGGUGAAGGAGCCAGGAAUCUUCUCCCUGGUUGCCCCAGGGGAGGAUGUGAAAUUCCCCAGCUCUCCCCCAAGAUUGGCAACUAAGGCCGGAUCCCCUGCGACGCUUUGGAGGAAACUCGACAGGCCCGACCAUCAGAUUGCAGGAGCUGCCCUGGCCUGAUUCAACUGAUAUGGAGGGGGUGGCUGGGAAUGCCCCCUGUGAACACUUUGAAGCUAAUGUGCUUGCCCAGAGAUGCUGUCAAAACUGCUUCCACCCUGAGGAGGCCCACAGAGCAAGGCAUCAGGAGCCCGGGAGCCCUCCAAGUGCUGAGGCGCCCUACUGCGACCUGCCCCGCCGCCCGGCCGCCCCUGAGGACCCGCUCGGUGCCUUGACCUCCGACGGCCAGUCUGUGGUGGGUUCAGCCCUUGGGCCAGGGCCUGAGAGGGGCCCAUCAGCAGGGCUCCCUGCAGAGGGCCUCACAGCCACCCCCAGGAGCCAGGAACCCGAGGCAGCACCCUACCUGGAGGGCCUGGCCUCCUCCCUGUGCGGCAGCUUCAACGAGAGCCCUGACUCUGGCACCAGCUCCAGCCCUGACUGCGAAGCCCCUGAUGAUACCAGCGACUCGUCCUCCGUGGACUGGGACACUGUUGAGAGGCAAGAGGAGGCCCCCAGUGGGGACAAGUUCACCGUGAUGAUCCCACGGAAGCCACAGGAGGGGCCAAGGGCUGACAGUGCCCGAAGGGCUCCUCCUCUCCUCACCCGGUCCCCUGUAGGAGGAGACACUGCAGGCCAGAGAAAGGAGGGCUCUGGUGGUGGGAACCGAAGCGCCGGACAGCACUGGGCGAAGCUCCGGGGAGAAAGCGGGUACUUCUCCUUGGAGCGGCACCGGUCGGCGCUGACCUCGGCCUCUCCCGCGACACCACAGAGCAGUCCUCGAAGUGCCACCCCCCAGCCUUCCUCUCUUCAUCGCUCUGCCCAGAGGGACGUUGCCCAGACUGCUUCCACACAACUCGAUACCUCCCGAGCCUCCUCUCCCCCGCGAAUUGUCCAGCGGGACAACCCCAGAACCUCAUCUGCCCAGCAGGACACCCCCAAGACCUCUUCCACACAGCGGAACACCCCCAGAGCAUCCUCUCCCUCAAGAGUCGCCCAACGGGACAACCCCAGAACCCCGUCCACCCAGCAGGACACCCCGAAGACCUCUUCCACACAGCGGAACACCCCCAGAGCAUCCUCUCCCUCAAGAGUCGCCCAACGGGACAACCCCAGAACCUCGUCCACCCAGCAGGACACCCCCAAGACCUCUUCCACACAGCGGAACACCCCCAGAUCAACCUCUCCCUCAAGAGUCGCCCAACGGGACAACCCCAGAACCUCGUCCACCCAACGAAGUAAUCCUCAAGUUUCCUUUCCCCCCAGAGCCACCCAACAAGACAACUCCAGAGCCUCUUCUACCCAACAGGAUGGCCCUCAAGCUCCUGUUCCUACCUGUACUCCCCAGUGGGACAACCCCAGACCUUCUUGUUUUCAACAGAACACUUCCAGAACCUCUUCUACCCAAAGGGACAACCCCAAAACGUCUUGUGCCCAACGGGACAAUCCCAAAUCCUCUUCCUCACGGCGGGAAAACCCCGGAAGCUCCUCCUCUCAGGGCUGCACCCAACGGGACAAUCCUGGACCUUCCUCUGCCCACCGCUCCUCUCAGCGGAACAAUCCCAGGAAUUCCUCUCCCCAUCGUACUAACAAAGACAUUCCGUGGGCCUCCUUUCCCCUCCGGCCAACGCAGGGUGAUGGCCCCCGAACCUCUUCCCCAUCUCGCUCCAAGCAAAGUGAGGUUCCCUGGGCAUCCAUUGCCCUCCGGCCAACCCAAAGCGACAGGCCUCAGACCUCAUCUUCCAUCAGACCAGCUCAGCGUGACUCAGCCCAGUCCUCCUCCAACCCCACCCAGCACAACUCACCCUCCCGGGCCACUUCCUCCUCCCAUCCCCCAGGCCACCACAGUGCCUCCCGGACCUCCUCGCCUCUGCACUCUGCUGCCCGCGGCGCACCCCAGGCCUCUCAGGAGCCCUCGCAGCCGCCCUGCGCUGUGUGCAUUGGGCACCGGGAUGCCCCUCGAGCCUCCUCGCCUCCCCGCUAUUUGCAGCAUGACCCCUUUCCCUUCUUCCCAGACCCCCACGCCUCGGAGGGUGAAUCGCCCCACCAUGAACCCCCCUACAUGCCCCCAGCCGUAUGCAUUGGACACCGGGAUGCCCCUCGGGCUUCCUCACCCCCCCGCCACACCCAAUUUGACCCCUUUCCCUUCCUCCCAGACACGUCAGAUAAUGAGAACCAGUCCCCCCAGCACGAGCCUCCUCAGUUCCCCCCACCUGUGUGUAUCGGGCACCGCGAUGCACCCCGGGCCUCCUCCCCACCGCGCCAAGCCCCAGAGCCCUCCCUCUUGUUCCAAGAUCUCCCCAGGGCCAGCACCGAGAGCCUUGUCCCCUCCACAGACUCAAUGCACGAGCGCCUCCACAUCCCCAGCCCCGUAUGCAUCGGGCACCGCGAUGCACCCCCCUUCUCGUCCCCACCCCGCCAGGCCCCCGAGCCCUCCCUCUUCUUCCAGGACCCCACCGGGACUAGUAUGGAGAGCCUGGCCCCCUCCACCGACUCUCUGCGUGGCUCCCCAGGGCUGCCCCCUCAAGUGUGCAUAGGGCACCGAGAUGCCCCUCGAGCCUCCUCCCCACCCCGCCACCCGCGGGACCUAGCGCUCCUGGCACCCUCACCUCCGCCAGGCAGCUCGGGGGGCUCCCGGGGCUCGGCACCCCCGGGUGAGACCAGGCACAACUUGGAGAGGGAGGAAUACACCGUGCUGGCCGACCUGCCCCCACCCAGGAGGCUGGCGCAGAGGGAGCCAGGGCCCCAGUGCAGCAACGGGGGCCGCACCCGCAGCCCUGGCCGCGCAGAGGUGGAGCGCCUCUUCGGGCAAGAGCGCAGGAAGUCCGAGGCACCGGGGGCCUUCCAGACCCGGGAUGAGGGGCGGUCGCAGCGGCCCAGCCAAGUUCAGAGCCAACCUCUCCGAAGACAGUCCAGCCCUGCCCUGAGCAGGGAGACACCACCCAGUCAAGGUCCUGGAGCCUCACCCACUCCCUCACCUCAUCCUCAGGUAACCAAGCCCCUCGCGAAGCAGGCAGAACCAGCCCGGCGGAGCCGAGCAGAACCCCCUCAUCCCAGGAGCCCCGAGAGGCGGCCUGAGGGGGAACGGCGACUCCAGGGGUCCUCGCCGCCCCCGAGGACGUCAGCCAGGACUCCUGAGAGGGAGCCGCGGACAGAGAGACCUCUGGAAAGUGGCCGGGCAGGCCCAAGACAGCCUCUGGGAGGGUGGCAGAGUCAGGAGGAGCCGCCAGGAUCCGGGGACCCACACAGACACCUGGAGAGAGGCUGGGGCAGGCAGGAGGAGGGCCCAGGCCUGGGGGGCUGGCUAGGACUUGGGGGGCCCAGGUGGGGGCCUGCCGGAGCCCCAGAGGAAACAUGGACGGGCCCUCCAAGGGAGUCUGAGGAGAGCUGGAAGCCGCUGGCUGGCCGCCCCAGCCACAGGGGGCAGGCAGAGGCCUGGGAGGAACCCCCCAUUGGUGGACCAUGGGAGCCCCCUGACAGGCCAGCUCAGCGGGGCUGGGGCAGCCUGCAGGAGCUGUCCGGUCCUCACCAGCCUAUGAGGCCCCCAGAGAACUCCAGGGCAGGCCCAGGAGAGAUCUCGAAAGCCCGGAGUCCUGAGACACCCCCUGCCAUGGGCUGGGGGGCUGAGGGAGCCUGUCCACACCUGCAUGGCCCUGAGAGGCAACCCGAGCUUGACUGGAGGGACCUGGUGGGCCUUCUCAGGGCACCCAGAGAGGGGGCCUGGACCCGCUCGGGGGGGCCGACGCUCGCCUCCGCUCUUCCGAGGCUGGACUGGGAAGGCCUCCUGGAGCUCCUGCAGGCCCAGCUGCCCCGCCGGGACUCGGCAGGACACUGGGGUGGCCCGGGCACAAUUUCCCCAGGCACGAAGGGUACUCUGGAGCCGGAGCCAGAGCGACACACCCAGUCUGAAGGAGGGACAGGAGCUACUCUGGUCAAUGGAUACAGCCCUGGGCAGUGGCCCCAGAGCUCCGCCCAGCCGCCCAGCCCUGCCGGCAUCUCCACCCAGUGGCCAAAGACCAAAGUGACAAGUGGACCAGAGACCUCAACGAUGGCUGGUCUGGAGGAGACAGGCCCGCUGAGGGGCAGGAGCCCUGCGGAGGGCCCCAGCUCGCUACAAUGGGAGUUCCAAUCAAAGGAGCCUGAGGAGUCAGAAGGAAGCAGAGGCCAAGACUCACUGACUGACCAGAAGCAGGCAGACUCGGCAGACAAGAGGCCAGCGGAGGGCAAGGCUGGGAGCCCGCUCAAGGGCCGACUGGUGACCUCAUGGCGGAUGCCCGGGGACCGUCCCACGCUGUUCAAUCCGUUCCUGCUGUCUCUGGGGGUCCUCAGGUGGCAAAGGCCCGACCUGCUCAACUUCAAGAAGGGAUGGAUGUCAAUCCUGGAUGAGCCUGGAGAGUGGAAGAAACACUGGUUUGUGCUGACCGAUUCAAGCCUCAAGUACUACAGGGAUUCCACUGCUGAGGAGGCAGAUGAGCUGGAUGGUGAAAUUGAUCUGCGCUGCUGCACGGACGUCACCGAGUAUGCGGUGCAGCGCAACUAUGGCUUCCAGAUCCACACCAAAGAUGCUGUCUAUACCUUGUCGGCCAUGACCUCGGGCAUCCGGAGGAACUGGAUCGAGGCUCUGAGGAAGACUGUGCGUCCAACCUCAGCCCCAGAUGUCACCAAGCUCUCAGACUGCAAUAAGGAGAACACGCUGCACAGCUACGGCAUCCCAAAGGGCUCCCUGAAGGCGGGGGAGCAGCGGGGAGGCUCUGAGGUCAUCGGCCGGGGCGGCCCCCGGAAAGCGGAUGGGCAGCGGCAGUCACUGGACUACGUGGAGCUCUCCCCACUGACUCAGGGCUCCCCGCAGCGGGCCCGCACCCCGGCCCGCGCUCUCGACCGCCCGGCCAAGCAGGAGGAGCUGGAGCGGGACCUGGCCCAGCGUUCCGAGGAGCGACGCAAGUGGUUCCAGGCCACGGACAGCAGGGCCACGGAGACAGCGGCCGGCGAGGGUCCGCGCCGGGGCCUGGGUGCCCCCCUGACUGAGGACCAGCAGAGCCGGCUCAGUGAGGAGAUCGAGAAGAAGUGGCAGGAGCUGGAGAAGUUGCCCCUGCGGGAGAACAAACGGGUGCCUCUCACCGCCCUGCUCAACCAAAGCCGCGGGGAGCGCCGGGGGACCCCAAGCGACAGCCACGAGGCCCUGGAGAGGGAGGUCCAGUCCCUUCGUGCCCAGCUGGAGGCCUGGCGUCUCCAAAUGGAGACUCGGCGUCUCCAAGGGGAGGCUUCUCAGGGUGCACCCAAGUCCCAGGAGGACGGCCACAUCCCCCCAGGCUACAUCUCACAGGAGGCGUGCGAGCGCAGCCUGGCGGAGAUGGAGUCUUUGCACCAGCAGGUGAUGGAGGAGCUGCAGCGCCACCAUCAGCGGGAGCUGCAGCGGCUGCAGCAGGAGAAGGAAUGGCUCCUGGCCGAGGAGACAGCGGCCACAGCCUCAGCCAUCGAAGCCAUGAAGAAGGCCUACCAGGAGGAGCUGAGCCGGGAGCUGAGCAAGACACAGAGUCUCCCACAGGGCCCGGAUGGCCUCCAGAAACAGCACCAGUCAGAUGUGGAGGCACUGAAGCGGGAGCUGCAGGUGCUGUCAGAGCAGUACUCGCAGAAGUGCCUGGAGAUUGGGGCCCUGACGCGGCAGGCGGAGGAGCGCGAGCACACGCUGCGGCGCUGCCAGCAGGAGGGCCAGGAGCUGCUGCGCCACAACCAGGAGCUGCACGCCCGCCUGUCCGAGGAGAUUGACCGGCUGCGCAGCUUCAUCGCCUCACAGGGCGCCGGCAACGGCUGCGGGCGCAGCAGCGAGCGGAGCUCCUGUGAGCUGGAGGUGCUGCUGCGAGUGAAGGAGAAUGAGCUGCAGUACCUGAAGAAGGAGGUGCAGUGCCUCCGGGAUGAGCUCCAGAUGAUGCAGAAGGACAGGCGCUUCACGUCGGGAAAGUACCAGGACGUGUAUGUGGAGCUGAACCACAUCAGGACGCGGUCGGAGCGGGAGAUCGAGCAGCUGAAGGAGCAUCUGCGCCUCGCCAUGGCCGCCCUGCAGGAGAAGGAGGCCGUGCGCAACAGCCUGGCCGAGUAGAGAUCCUCGUGGUCCAGCCCUGCUGCAGACCCCCAGCCCAAGGGGACCAAUCGCCCUCCUUCCCUGCUGGAUGGACGUCAGAAGCCAAGCUUUCUCCCCACCCUCUGUGGGCCGCACAUGCACUCACACCCACUAUACACACACACACACGCACACACGUCCACACACAUACACAUACACACGCACACUCUCUGCGUAUCUGAGCGCGCCCCUAGCACUGGGUCUUACCUUGCACCUUCUUCAGGAUUUUAUAUGUGAAGAGAUUUUUAUAUAGAUUUUUUUUUUCCUUUUUUUUUUUUUUUUUUUUUCCCCAAACACUUUAUACUUUUUAAAAAGCAAUUCCUGGUGGUGUGUGCCUCUAACACUGGCUCCCCCUGUGUCUCCAGACGCCUGCUUGGGCUUCUCGGCCCACAGCCCGGCCCGGGGUCUAGCGGAGGCCCAGCAGCAGCUAUGGCAGGGUUGACUCUGCUGGGAGAGGCCGGGAGCCAGCCACCCUCUUUCUACCCUACCUCCCACUAACUACUUCCUGCCCUGGGGGGACCCACUCCCUGGGACUCUGGACGGAGGGACAGAUGGACAAAGGGAGCCAGCAGCUGUCCCCAUGGCCCCAGCCCCUCCUCCGAGGGGUGCUGGGCAUGGAUCUGCGGGGACCACCCCGUGCAGGCGUUUCUCUCCUGCUCCGUGAGCCUUCUUAACUUAAUAAAAUGUUUCGGCAGC